AUGGAUGAUCCCUCUGGGAGUAGUUCCAGCAAGGCUGGGGUGAGAAUGCGUUUUUAAGCCAGAAGACGUGGAAAAUGUUAUUUCAGAGUUCCGGAAACCCAGGUCCCUCGUCUUCCAGUGCAAAAGGUCGAGGUUCCCGCAAGUCGGAGGGACGGGGUCGGAAGGCGACUUCAUCUUCCGAAGAAAAGGAUCCUGUCCGGGCAGCGCCUGCAGCUCCUACGACGCCGGAAGGAUAUCGUGUAAAUCUGCUCGAUACUGAUGCAAACAAGAAGAGCCUGUACCAACUAGCACAAGAGGAGAUGGCGGAUGGAAAGUCGGAUAUCAAGCUGCCGACGACCAGCGAGGAGUACUACGAACUUGAAGAGAUUCUGAUGAAUCCCGCCAGAAUGGAAGGUCGUGAAGUGUCUCUCAACGUCUAUGAUAUGGUAAGCGGAAGCUCAGUUGCGAUUUAAAUUCAGAUUGGGUUCCAGGUUCGUGCCAAGUACAAUGUCAUUCGCGAAAAAAACGCUUCCGAAGCCGAUAUGCAGAAAGUGAUUGGCGCUCUUUCCUGUGAUGUCUGCCAGGAGCUCAUUACGGACUCUAUCAUGACAAAGGUAGCUAGGAUAAAAAACAGCUUUUUGUAGAACCCUAUUUUCAGAAAUGUGGACACCGAUUCUGCGAUCAGUGCAUCAUGAUUCCUCUCACACGCCAAGGAAACUCUACGUGUCCUACCUGCCGUCAGAACUUGGGUUCAAAAAGAGAACUCCAGCAAGAUCCCAGAUUUGAUCAGCUCAUUUAUCAAGUAUGUUCUGAGAUAUUAAAAGAAACUUGCUAAAUGCAUUGAUUUGAGGUCGUGGAAAGUCGCUCGAUAGUACCGCGCAUGCUGACCAAGAACAGAGAACACGAACGAGAUAUCUACUUCGGACGCCGAGGAUACAUCGAAAGUGACGAGAAAUACAUGAAGAAGUUCACUUUAGACAGUGACCGCCAGAAGCGUCGAGCGUAUAGGAAGCGCCAAAGUUCGAAGAAGAAGAUACGUUGGUUCCGCAACAAAGGGCAAAGAGUAGCAAUUCCAAAGCUCGUGAAAUUCGAUUUCAAACCGAAGGUCGCUCGGAAACCUCACAGAGGAGUGCGGAAAGUUGGAAGAAAACUGGGCGAGACGAUUACACUUGACAAUGAAGAGAAGGAAACGACGGAUGGUGUUGCCGCAGAUCAGUCAUCUACCGCAGGGAACGAGAAGGAGAAAGGAAUCAAUGUUCCAAACACAGUCGCUCCAAAGAAGUCAAAGCACCAAUUCGUUCCUUGUACUGUCAAAAUGCACCGCACGGGUAAAGAAUCUGCCGAACAAAUCAAACAGUACAACGAAUGGGCGAAGAGCCGUCGUGCGGUGAAAGUGCGGAACAUUCCUGCUAUCGUGCUUUCCGAUGUGGAAGAGAAAGACGAAAAUGGAAGCGAUUCUGAUCAUGAAGAAGUGGUACUCAGUUCCGAUGAAUCGGAAGGUCCAAUAUUGCUGAAGGAAGUUUCGUUGAAUGAGAAGGAUGUUGAACGAGGAAGCGAUGCCAGCAUUGAUGUAAAAGGUACCAAGCGGAGUAAGAAGAAGAAGAAGAAGCGCAUGGUUGCUGAUGUAGUCAAACCAUCUGCUGAGUCGAGUGACAGUGAAGAAGAGAUCAAACAGAAAAAGGAAAAGAGAAAGAAAAAGGCAAAAAGGAAGACAAAGGAGAAGGAGAAAGAAAAGACGAAGGAGAAGGAAAAGACGACGGAGAAGGAGAAACCGAAAGAGAAGGAUAAGAAAACGGAGAAGGAAACUGUUGCGAAAUCAAUUCUGGUCAAGAAGAAGAUGCUCGGCCGUCCGAAAAGGAAAGUAUCUGUGGCGGAGCGCAAUCCUGACGAUAUCCCAACUCCUAGCGAAGAUUCUUUGACUUCAUCGGAUGAAAAUGACGGAGAAGACCCUUACAGUUUUGUGUUCAAAGAUGGUGAGUUUUAAAGAUCUCCCCUUUCUUUUCAAGCUGUUCACAUCUCAGAAUUCAAUCGUGAUCCUAGAAAAUAUGGACAUCCUGAUGCUAAGAAGCUGUACAACUUUGAUUUCAUGUUGGACAUGGUAACAAGAAUAGAUUCUGAAUGGUUGUAAGGCAUUGUUGAUUACAGGAUACCGAAGUGACACGUAGAUACGAAAAGGAUGCUAAGGCAAAAGUGAUCUUCGACGACUCUAACUCGGAAUCUGAACUGAAUGAGUCCGACGACUCCGAAGCCAGCAAUCUCUCAAUCGAUCCUAAUCAACAAAAGAAAGUUCUCGAAUUCUUCGACAACCUUCCGAAAUCACCAAGCGAAAGGAGAAACGGAUCUGACGAUGAGUGCCAGGUCAUUUCUGCCGUGAACCAACACGCAACAAAUGCUCCGGCAGAAGCUGCGAAAUCUGUUACGAAUCUUUCUGAGGGAACUCCUUCUGUGGGUGCACCGGUCACAAAAGAAAGCAUGAAUGCGACUGAUAUGGCUGGCACAAUCGCGGUUGAAGUGCCUUUCGGAGAGCCCAAACUGAAAAUGGGCAAGAAGACGACGUCGAUUCUGGAUAAAGCUGAGCGGAGUGAAGUGUACAUGAUGGAUGGAUUCAUCUUCCGGCCAGACGACCCUGAUCCGCCCAGAAUCUUCCAAAUUCCUGAAUUCAAUAAUGCAGAAUGGAACGUUACUCCUGAAGCGAUUUAUGAAAUCUAUCCUGAGACAGGUAACUCAUUUAAAAAAUGUUUUAUAUAAACUAUCAAUUUUUUGCAGCUCUCCGGAAGAUUAAAGAUGUGAGAGUGCCUCCUGCCGACUACAAAGCCCCAUCGAGGUACAUCGAGCUCAGCUCGGAUGAAAGCGAUGAUGACGACAUUCAAAUCCUCGAAGAGCCUUCGACUUCCACUCAAACCAAACCCAAUAGGAAAGCCCGUAGCCCAUCAGUUAUCAUUGAUUCUGUGAAAAAGAACAUACCGGUUCCUUCAACGAAGGGUGCUCCCAGAAAGAGAAACGGUGUCACGAAGAAAAAGUUUCUCGAGAUGGAAUAUGAUUCCGACGAGGAAGACAUCGACUUCAGCGACGUCGAGAUGGCUACUCGCAACAUUGAUCGCAGUGAGAUACAAUCGGUCGGAGAGCCACUGUUGAGAAACAAAGUUUUCUAUGGUAAUAUCAACUAAACAUUACCAAUCUAUUAAUUCGAUUUCAGACGUGGACAGAUCUUCGAUCCCGGCCGAGCUGAACGCAGCCGACUUGAGAGAAGCCGGAAAGCUCACAAUGGCAGACAUCGAUCGAUCGACUCAGCAGAUGAAGGAGUACGUCGAAGUAAACAUUCACCGUCGGCGACUGGUUGUCCUGGAUGCAAUCGAGGCUGUGGCUAAAGAUAUGAACUUUGAGUUGGCAACGCUUGCUGACGUGGCUCCUGUAGAGCCAGUCAAGAAGACGAAGGAGAGAAAGCCGAGAAACUCGAAGAAAGAGCCGAAACCGCCGAAACCGCCGAAAGAGCCAAAAACUCCGAAGGAGAAAGGAAAGCCUGGUAGAAAAAAGAAAGAUGCGCCUACCCCAUUGGCUCCUGUAUUCAAAGUGCCGAAAGGGCCAGCACCAAAAGCAGUUGCCCCGAAACUUGCUCCUGCUCCAGAAUCAGAAGUUCCAAUUCUUGAAGGCCCUGAAACUCCGAUCGAUCAAAUUUUCUUUGAUCCUGAUGCUCCGUGCUCUUCGGAGCAAGCUCAACAAAGAGAUGUUCUGAUGGAACGCGUGGAACGAGAACAGAAACUUAUCGCCGAAUCCAUUGAAGCCAAUCGUAAGCUCUCUCCAAAUUCAACCGAGCCAUCUAGCUCUGGAGACACUGCCGCCGGUCUCUCAGAUGCUCCGGCUCUAACGGAUUCCACGUCUGCCAGCAAAAUAGAUGAAAACGACGAGUUUGACAUCACCAAGGAUAGAGAGUUUCUCCUUCCGGACACCGAAGAAAUUAUCGACAAAGAGAACAGAAUCAUCAAAAUUAAGGAGAAACCCAUGAAGCUCAAGCCUAAGACUGGUAUUGGUAAGAUUGGUACGAUUUAUUGCAAAAAGUAAUGAUUCAGUGAUGGGUUUCGUUUCAGAUUACCAAGACAUAGAGACCAAGUUGGGAGCAUAUCUGACAAAAGCGGACGCUACUCUUCUGAAGUGCACAAAGGCGGAAUAUGUCUCGCACGAGUUCCUCAAACUUGUCGCCCAACAACCGGCAGUUGCUGAUGAGGCUCUUGCUCUCGAUUUCUGUACAAGAAACACAGACAAAGAGUUUGAAAUCAAGCAGACAACUGGCAAACGUGCGACGAGAAAUCCUGAUGAGAUGAAACUUGUAAGUCAUUUUUCUUCAUGCCAACAGCUCAGUUAAUUAUUUUGAAUUUCAGGAAGAACUGGUGAAGAACUUCAGCGCGGAUUACGCAAAACAACACCCGAAACCUGUGAGACGUCCGCCUGUGAAUGUUGAACGGAUGAUAAUCGAACGGGCCCAUCUGAUCAAGCACAAACAUAUUGUUGACGCUGAUCCCCUUCAAAUGGUCAGUACUACAUUUCGCUUAACCUACCUGCACAUCCCCCGUAGCCGUAUUCUGAAAAUUCGUAUUGAACAUGUGCAAUGAUAGAAUCCAAUUAAUUUCCAGGUGUUUUGAAAACACCUGUCUCUGAAGUUUUCAUAUCCUUUCUGAAACUCCACUCCUUGAUUAAUUUUCCGUUACAACUGCCGUGCUCAUUUCCGAGACACUGCAUCUCAUUUCCGUUAGCUCCGCAUUCAAUUAUAUUUGAAAAUUCAUUAUCAUCACCACCCGUGUAAUAUGCAUGUGAGUGGCGGAGCAAGACGCGUUGGGAUGCUCUCUCUCUCUCUUUCUCUCUCUCUCGAGGUUACUGCGGCGUAGGAGAGUCCAUUGCAUUAAAAAUGAUUGUCCGUGUGGGUGCCGUUCUAUUCCCAAUUCACAUCGAUUAUCAUCGCUCGCUCGCUCCGCAAUCUCUUCAUACACUUUUCCACCACGUCGACACUUUUGUAUUCAUACAACUGCCGCUCCCUCCAUCACCAUAUACUCAGACGAGCGCUCACAAUAGCUUAUUGUUUUCCGACGCCUCUCCGCUGCCUUUCGAGUCAAUUUUUCCCCCUCUUUUCUGUUACAAUAACAAUAAUAAUAUUAUUUUUUCAGAAGAUACUAAUUGCUCUACAAAAACAGCAAAUUGCCACUGCCAGAGCGAAUACUGCCAACCCAGUUACUGUUACUACCGCCGAGCACGACGAGCAAGUCCGCACCCUACAACAACUCCACAACCCGCAACUUCUUCGUCAACUGCUCAUGAAUCCACAGUUCGCGCUGACUCUGCACAAGACGCAGCAGCAAGCUAUUCAACAGCAACGUGCUCAGCAAAAAGCUCAGACUCAAAGAGAGGCCGCUGCUCGGAAAGCGGAACAAGCUCGAGUCGAGAAGAUUGCCCGUGAUCGGAUUGCGCAAGAGAACGCAGAGAAAGCAUCCAAGGAAGAAAACGUCGCUCGUCCUGUCGCCAACACGGUUUCGAAGAUCGUUGACGUGGCACAGCCAAAAGACCAGGCUGUAGCUGAUUCAACUACAAAAACAAUCGAGUCUUAUGUUACGGUGAGUGGGGAAUGUUGUUAAAAUAUGUAUAAACAAAAAAUAAUUGCAGCCGGCAUCGGAGGGAAAGUCUCAAAACAUCUCAACUGUCAACAUUGGAGAUGAAACUAUAGAGCAAACUCCAAAGUCAAAUUCUGUUGGUGUCUCAGCGGAUACGCCACCGUUGAAGAAGACCGAAAACCCUGCCGCCAAGCCUACUGAAGAGCCAAUGGACACGUCUGACAACACUCCGAGCGCUGCUCUUCCUUGUUCUGCGCGUGUUUCUCAAUCUUCUGAACGAACGGAAACAUCUCGGAAUAAUUCACGUUCCCGUUCACCCCUUGAUCGGGAUGAAAUCGAAUCUGCCAGAGCUGGUGGUGGCGACGACGAUGUCAUUGUGCUCUCCGGAGGGAACAAACCGAUGGCGGAUGAUACUAUUUUGGAAGAGAUUGACAUGCAAGAUGACGAGUAUUCCCCGUCUUUAACACCGGACACAUCUGAUCAGGAAAAAGGAGAUGAUGACGACGACGACGACGACGACGAGUUGGAUGAUGAGAAUGAAGACGACGAGGAAGAGGCUUGCUUCUCAGACGGUGGCACGAAAGUUGAACAGAUGAUGAACAAGACGAUUGAGCCUGAUGACGAGUACCUUGCCGAAUACGCUGAGUACGAGAAGAAAUUGGAUAAAUUCGACAAGGAAGAUUUGGAUAUCGAGAAGCUUAGUUAUGUUAAGCGAUACUUCCCGGAUGCCAUGAAAGCCGCUAAUAUUAAAGUGAUCGAUAAACACCGCAGAGAUGAGGAGAUAGCUCCGUACGUUGAGGCAGAGAAGCAACGGAAAGCCAAGGAGAAGCCAACUGUACUCGAGGCCGAAGAGGAUGAUGGCGAAGAGAUAAAAGAAGAAGCUGCUGCUGCUGCUGCUCCACAAAUAGAAGAGCAAUACGACGAAGACGGCUACUCGAAGAUCAAUGUUGAUCAAUUGGGUCUCGCCAAGAAGAUUCUGCAGCAGAAACAGGAUGUGGAGUCUUCGGGAGAAUCGGAUUCAGAUCAUGGUAACCUGUCUGUAGGUCGCAGCUGUCCUCAAUUAACUGUUUACAGAAGACUACGACAUUACGCAGAACCUGCCUCCGAAAAUCAAGCGUUUUGUUCUGAAGAACAGAGUACGUCGUGCCAAGAGAGCUCCGUUCUUCGCCAACAUUCCAGCUGCAAUCAAGCAGAAGUACAUCGAGAAGAAGAUCGAACUGCAACGUGCCAAAUGUAAGUGGAAGACCUACUAUCAUCUGUAAACUGGUGGAUUUCAGUCCGUGCCCGCAUCAAGGCUCAAAAGAUGGCCUCGAUUCGUAUCGCUAUUCCUCCUCCGAGACCACCUCCGCAGUUCGUCGCUCCUCAAACACCCGCGAGAGGCUCGGCGGCAAAGCAACAAACUCCACGGGGACCGAAGCCAAAGAAGGCAAAAAUGACCAAUGUGGUAAGAUAUCAAAUUUCUAUUUUCAGUUUUUCUUUGUCACUUUUGCUAUUCACUAAUCUCUUGCAGCAAAUGUCCAUUGUCCAGCCACCUUUACCUCUUCAUCAACUUCAGAGUCAUAUGGUCCGUUCGCAUGUAUGCUAUAUAUGUUGUGUGUCCGUGAUUCUCAUCGAUUCUAAUUCAUCAGAUUCAAUCACUUUAAAUCAUUUUAGAAUUAAAAUUUUUUGCAGAACGUACCCACAAAGAUUACCGCUGUGCCGAAUGUUGCUGCUGGCUAUCCACAUCCACAUCCACAACCGACUCCGGUGAAGACCGUGCAGGGCACUCCACGUCCCCAGCAAGGACCGCCAGGCCACCCGCAGACACCAUCUCAUCUUGCUCAACUCGGAAACUUUGUGCAUGGUGCUCAUCCUGGUCAACAAAUGAAUGCUGCUCAGUUCCAAGCAGCUCAAGCUGCUCAAGCUGCUCAAUUCAAGGCCUAUCAGAUGGCCCAGGCAGCAAAGCAGGGGCAAGCAGCUCAAGGGGAUCGUCCGAUUCCCGUCGCUACUCCGAUGCCUGGACAACCUCAACCAAUGCCUCAAACAUUCCAAAGUUAUCUGACUCCGUAAGACAACGAAAUUUGAAGUUGAAAGUGCUAAUUUAUUGAUUACAGACCUGAACUGCAAGAGUUGGAGAUCAGAAAGCAGAACGACGAGAUGAAUAAAGUGAUGGAACUCUUGAGAAAUCGUGGACAGUAUCCUCCAAUGAACCAGGAUCAUUUUGCUAUCCACGUUCAACAAGCCAAGGCCGAUGUGUACUCGAUGGGAUUUGCUGAGUUGCAUGGACAACUGAGAUUGCAGGCUGAGCACAACGCUCGGCUGAGAGCAAUGCAACAUGCUCAAGAUCAAGCUUGUCAGGAGGCUGCCCGAGAAGCAGCUCGAUUAGCAGCUCGUGAAGCAGCCAAAGAAGCAGCCAGAAAAAAGACCGAGGCCGAAGCUCGUGCCAAAGCAAAGGCGGAGGCAGAAGCGAAGGCCAAAGCAGAAGAAGAGAAGAAAGAACGAGCUCUCCAGGCUCAAACUUUGGCUCAAGCUCAAGCACGAUUUGCUCAGAUGCAGGCUCAUGCGAAAAUGCUCGAGCAAACUGGAAAUCGUCCUGGAGUCGACAUGCAACAAGUCCAGGCUCAACAAAUGCAACAGAUGCAGCAUAUGCAGCAAAUUCAACACAUGCAGCAGAUGCAAAUGCAGCAAGCAGCAUUCGCCGCUCGCAUGCAACAAGGAACUCCAAUGCCGGGAGCACAAGGAGGAGCGCCAGGACCUUCGGGUGCUCCACCACAAAUGCAAGGAGCCCCAGGAAUGCCCGGAAUGCCCGGAAUGCCCGGAGUGCCCGGAGUACCAGGAUACCCUGGAUAUCCGGGAGUACCAGGGAUGCCUGGCAUGACAAUGAUGCCAGGAAUGUCGAUAAUGGCUGGAAUGCCAGGAAUACCGGGAGUGGGAAUGGUGCCAGGUAUGCAACAAGCGAUGCACAUGCAGAACCAACCUGGCCAGGCUCCAUCCAAUGGAAGCCAGCAGACGCCGCAACAACUACUCCUGCAGCUCCAGAUGCAACAGCAACAGGUCAUGCAGCAACAGUUCCAGCAGCAGUUCAACCAGCAACUCCAAUGGGCACACCAGCAGCAGCAGCAGCAACCGGCAUUGGCUCCAGUCGCCACGCCUACAAUCGCCAGCACUCCUGUUCCGACCAUAGCUCGGGCUCCAACGGCCGCGCCACAGGCUAUCCUGCCGGGAACAGUUCACAACGGCCAUCCACCAACCGCUGCUCCCAGAAGAGUAAAAGUACGGAUUGCAAAUUUGCAAUAGGCUUAACCGUACAUUUUAUUUUCAGAGCCCUGUCGAGUUGGAGUUGUGGCCAACUAAUGGUUAUGAUGAAAAGAAAGGCACCCAAACCGGCGCUAUUUAUUGUGCAUCCACUGAAGAUGUCACUUGUAAGUUUCAUCUUUUUCUCCACUCGAUUUAAUAAUACAAGUAAGUAAGUAAGUAAUGCUUUUUUUUCCAGUUUACCACGUCGCUUGUCUCAUUAAAUCUCGUUCUCCAAUCAAUGCCAGUGAUGUUGGAUCUCUCUGGGUUAUGGUAAGUCAAAAACGUUCGAAAAUCGUAUCCAUCCGCUAUUUGUUUUCAGCGUCUCGACGACCUGGCUAUUGCGCAGUUCCAAUUGCACCAACUUCUUGAAGAAGCGCAAGUUUUUGUUGGAAAACAACACUUGAUCAUUUUCUACGACGACGUGAUGGCUGGAGAAACUCCAAAGACCCGGGAGUAUAUUAUCAACAAGAACUUUAAGCCAGAUCGUCAGAACGCUAACAAGGCAUAA